UAUUCAUUUUUAAUAAAGGUUCUGAGAAAAAAAUUGUUAUUUUUGGUUUUCUAAAGUGUACUAGUACCUUACUAAACUGGACUGAUGUUUUGGGGUUACAAACGUUGUUUAGACGCUGCCAUAUGUUGCUGUGAUUUAUCGAGAUUAUUCCUAAACGUUGUUGACAACUAUCGAUCGCAGUAAAGCCGUAGCCAUGGAGGAAGUAUUACUGUCAGUAUUAGUCGGAUGUUUAGUAGUAAAGAAAAGGGAAAACUCGCGAAAACCCAGAUCGAAGUGGAGCCGCAAGUGGUUACUAAUGAGAAGGGAAUUCUCUCAUGUGAAGUUAAUGCAAGAAUUGAGUAAUGAGCCAAACGACUGGCGAAAUUAUUUGAAGAUGGACGAGGGGACGUAUCAUGAGUUGUUAAGCUUAGUUUCUCCGUUUAUUACGAAACAUGAUACUUUAAUGAGAAAAGCGAUAUCCCCACACGAAAGACUCUCAGCUACCUUACGAUUCCUUGCCACCGGAAGAACCUUGAAGGACAUAGAAUAUUCAACUGCCAUUUCUAAACCAUCUCUGAGCUCAAUAAUCCCAGAAACCUGUGAAGCUAUUUAUAAAGUACUACAACAAUUUAUCCAGUUCCCUAAAACUGCCGAUGACUGGUUAAAAAUUGCCUCAGAUUUUGAAGAGAAGUGGCAAUUUCCUCAUUGUUUGGGCGCUGUCGAUGGUAAACAUAUCCGGAUUGUUCCACCAAAGGAUAGUGGUUCCUAUUACUUCAACUACAAAAAGACACACAGUAUAGUCUUGAUGGCCAUAGCAAACGCUCACUGCGAAUUUAUACUGUGUGAUGUAGGAACGAACGGUCGAAUAUCUGAUGGAGGUGUGAUCAAUAACACUCUUUUCUACGAAAAACUUAUAAACCAUCAAUUAAACAUUCCUGGGCCCGAACCAGUUAGCUUUGAUCUUGACCUGGAAUAUGUUUUUGUCGGGGAUGAUGCCUUUGCAUUAAGACCUGAUCUUAUUAAGCCAUACGGUCGGGAGUCCCUUAAUAACGAGAGAAGAAUAUGCAACUAUCGUAUAUCGAGGGCACGGCGAGUUGUUGAGAACAGUUUUGGAAUUUUAGCUUCACGAUUUCGUAUUUUUCACACUGCAAUAAACUUAAAUGUGAAAACCAUCGAAUCACUAGUUCUUGCUUGCUGUGCAUUGCACAACUUCUUGAUGAAAAAAUCAUGUAAUUACUCCUCUCCUAAAAGUUAUGAUCGAGAAGAUAUUAUCGAUGGUACUAAGCAACUAGGUGCAAGGCCUCAUCCCGAUAAAUUCCACAAUCUCGAUAGAAGUUCAGGAGGUCAAGUUUUACAACAAGCAAAAACCGUUCGAGAAAAGUUCUGUACGUAUUUUAACGGGGAGGGAUCAGUUCCUUGGCAAGAAAAAUUUGCAUUGAAGGUUUGACAUUUAUAGUUAAUUAGUGAAAAGUAUAUUAAGUAAACUAGAAGAUCAUUUGAGACCCAGGGAUGUUCUUCAAUAUGUUUUUUGUUAUCGACCUGUACUUAUUAUAAUAUACCAUGGGGGAUCUACUUUGAGGUGGAUGUGAGAGCUGGCAUUCCGAUUUUUGCAGAACAAGUUAGGUGAUAGGCAACCGACACAAUAAUUUAGAAUUUAAUGUAAUUUUAUUUUAAAUUAAAAUAAUUUUUAUUUUAAGAUAAUACAGGGUGUUUCAUUGGGAAAGUAACACUCAAAGAGGGCACUUAGGCGGUCUCAAAAAUACCAUACUUAAUAGGUCUUACUUCAAUAAUAUCAAAGAUACUGGGUGUUUUAUCUAUUUUGCCGAGAUAUUUUCUUAUUUGGUUCAUAACUUUUUAACCACACUGUAUAUUUAUUUGAUAUUUGGCACGCAAAUAUUCUUUGAGGUGUACAAUCAAGUAAUUUAUUUACAAUUGUAAAAAAUCCAGGUCCGGAUUAAAAAAUA